CACCACUACCGCUCUUUUGUCCUCGCGGUGACUGCAUAUGAUCCCGCUGAAUAUACAUUAUUUAUUCCUCCGUUUACACGAUAUAUUCAUCAGACAGAAGCUCGGAAGGAUGGUGUUAGUUCAUGUCGGAUAUUUGGUUCUACCCGUCUUCGGCUCAGUGAGAAAUAGAGGAUCUAAUUUUAACAGGCAUCAGCAGAGUCAUGCUACCUCCUGCAGACAUUUUCAUGUAGGCCCUCAGGCCCAGAUCCCUGUUGAUUUCCCAAUGCCCCAUCCAGGACAAUCUCAGAGCGGGAUGAGUCAUCACCUCGGCCCUGCGCACCAGCCCGCCGCAGCGUUGCAUACCCCCAUCAACCACAUACCAGCACCACCCUUCCAGGACAUCCCAGCCCCACCCUUCCUACCUCAGGCUUUACACCAGCAAUACCUCAUCCAGCAGCAGAUCCUGGAGGCCCAGCACAGGAGAAUACUUCCACAGCCCAGCAGACACGCUCAAGACAGACCGCUCCAUCACCCGCAGACGCUGCGCCCACCGUAUGAAUAUCCACCAUCCAUUCACGUGCCUCCACCACCACCAGUACCACAACAACCACGAUACCUGGCUGAGGGAACAGACUGGGAUUUGAGUGUGGAUCCAGGUCUACCGCAGUAUCACGUUCCUCCCCUCACUCAACAUUAUCAGCAUUACCUGACCUCUCAACGUCUGAAUAACUUCCCCAGAAACACGUCCUCUGCACAAGUGGUUGUUCAUGAGAUCCGAAACUACCCAUAUCCACAGUUACAUCUGCUGGCUCUUCAAGGUCUCAGUCCGUCUCGCCACGCGUCUGCUGUACGGGAGAGUUAUGAGGAGCUUCUGCAGUUGGAGGACAGACUGGGCAACGUGAACAGAGGAGCCUUGCAAACCACCAUAGAGAGGUUUACCUUCCCUCACAAGUAUAAAAAGAGAAGACCUCUUGAGCUGAAGAUCGGGAUGGAUGAGGACGAGCUGGACACAGAUGAGAAAUGCACCAUUUGCCUCUCAAUGCUUGAAGAUGGAGAUGAUGUCAGGAGAUUACCCUGCAUGCACCUCUUCCAUCAGGCGUGUGUGGACCAGUGGCUGGCAACCAAUAAGAAGUGUCCGAUCUGCCGGGUAGACAUCGAGACGCAGCUGUCUCCAGACAGCUGAUGUCUCAUGUAGCACUAGUUCAAAGCCCUGUUGUCUUUCUUCGUCCCUUUGUGGGUUCUUUGCCAAAUGUGUGUCAUCUCCAUCACCUCUCACCUUUGACCUUUGCCUUCUGAGCCAACUGACGAUGAUGUAGACUAGGAAAUAUGCGACACUCUAAAGUGAAAUCCAGGACAGAUACAGAGAGCACAUGGAGAAGAUCGUUCAAGCAAGAGCUGUUUCGGUAGAGUCCGAUUUUGCAAAGUCUGUCAAUGAAGAUUUCAGUC